GCGCAAUAAAUUUUAACUUUUACGAAUGAAAAUGUACCAACUGGAUUAGAUAAAUCUUCUAAUCUAGAUCUCUAGAUCUAGACUUACAUAGACCUAUAUAGUAUAUCUAGACUAGAUCUAGAUCUAUAUGUAGAUCGACACAAGUAAAUAAUAUUAACAAGAUUAGUCAAGGUCACCAACGGCAGUCUUUUUAUAAGAUUAUGGCUGCUAGAUCUAUUAUUUUCCUUAUUGUUUGCUUACAAACACUUGCCAACUGUGUGUAUGCUGUAAAUCUGAAAUACUAUGAGACAUUCAGUAACACUGAUAUAGUGUCAACAUCAUUUGUUAAACGCUCAGCUGAUAAUUCUGAAAUGUAUAAAGAAUUAAAAUUCAGUAUUCUCCAAAGAGACUUUCAGUUGGUUCUGAAAUCUGGAACUGACAUAUUGGCUGCAGGUUUUGUUGGUCAGUUAGUUCAUGAAGAUGGGAAGACAAGUCCAUUCCAUGUCAAUCAAGAUUUAAUUUUUAAAGGCCACUUAAAAGACAAGCCAGAUGUAUCUGUCAAUGCUCACAUGGAGGACGAUUUGUGGUCUAUAAAAAUAUUUGAAAAGGAAGAAAUAUAUGCAGUGGAGCCGGCAAGAAAUGUUUUGACCCCUGCUGAAAACCCAAAAAAUCAUUCCCUUGUUGCUUACAAAAGUACAGACUUGCCAUUUGAUGGGUGGCGUUGUGGAGCAGUAGAUGCAAAACACAAGGCAAGGAGGAGUGAAAAUUUUACAACCAGAUCUAGUUCUAGAAGACAAAAAAGAAGUGGAGCUGAUACAUGUGUUGUUUAUGUCAUUGGUGACUACGGCUUAUUUAGUGAUAGAUGUAAAAAAAACUACCAAACUUGCUACUCUGCUAUGAUUAGUAUGGUUGACUUUACAGACCAAUUAUUUAGAGAAUCACCAUUUGAAGGAAGGAACAAAGAAAUUUAUACAAAUGUUGGUAUUCAAAUUGGAAAGAUUGUACUAUACACAACACCAACAAUAUCGAAAGAGGAGUUCAGAUACAAACAUUUUAAUGCGCCCGAUGUUGAAUGGGGUAUCAAUGAAAGAUUAGAUGCAUUUGCGUAUCACCUUACUUAUCAGCCAGAUAUCUUUUGUCAUAACCAUUUGUUUAGCCACUAUGCCUUACCUGAGCGUGUUUUGGGAUUGGCUUUUUUGGACGGAAUAUGCAGAACAAGUCCUAGAGGAACAGUUGUACACAGUGCUGGUGUCACAUCUGGGAUGGAUAUUGGAUCUGGAAUGGUCACUUCAUUAAUGAUGACUCUAGUCUUUGCACAUGGUCACAAUUUUGGAAGCAACCAUGACCCAGAGACAGCUGAAUGCUCAAAACCAGAUGAGCAAGGAGGUAAUUUUCUCAUGUGGCCAAGUUCUGUAUCAGGGACCAAACCUAAUCAUUGGCUUUUUUCUCCCUGCUCUUUGAAGCAGAUUGGUCGAGGAAUUAAUCACGCAAGCUGCUUCCACCAUAGAAGUCUACAUACUGCAUUUUGUGGUAACGGAGUUGUUGAUCCAGAAGAGGAGUGUGAUGCUGGCACAAACAGUAAAAUUGGUGCGGAUAAAUGCUGCACACCAGAUUGUAAGCUUAAGCCAACAGCUACUUGCAGUGACUUCAAUACAGUCUGUUGUUCUAAUUGCACUAUUGCAAUAACAGGUACAGUGUGUGCUGCGGCUUUACCUAACGAGUGUAAAAAUGAAGCAUACUGUGUAGGCACUGAACAUGUUUGUGCUGAUCCUGAGUUUUUACCCGAUAAUUCAACGUGUGUGGAUGGGGGACACUGCUACGGUGGUAAGUGCAGAAGUUUUUGUGAGAUGACAUCUAUCGAAAAGCAGAAACAGUUGGAGUCUUGUGUAUGUCGUGGAAAUGAGAAUGGAUGCAAAUGGUGUUGCUUUGAUAGCUCGGACCCAAAGAACCCUGGGAUGUGCGAACCUUAUUCAGAGGAUUUCAGAGAAGAUGGAAGCCCAUGCAAUGCCGGGUUUUGCGAGCAAGGUAUUUGCAUCCCCUCACAAUCUUCAACCAUAAACCGGGUGUAUGAUUUUUUAUAUUCUCAAAGCCCAGUUAAAAUCAAGCAAUUUGCCAAAUCUAAUGUUGUAAUGACAACCAUUCUGGUAGCCUUAUUGAUAUGGUGCCCUGUUGGGUGUUGUAUUCGUCGUAGUGAUAAAAAAGAACAAAGAAGAAGAAGUUGGGUUGAUGAUGUUUAUGUUCAUCAAAUUGGGCAACCACCACCAAAUAAAACGAUUACAUAUCAUGGGCCUAUCCUUGUUAAGCCAAAAUUCAAAACUUCUAGUAUAUCUGAUGAGCCCUCUACCAAGACAGGAGCACCUAAGCAUAUUGAAUUUCAGAUUGAUGAUACUUCAGUUUAUUAGAAUCUGAAGUACAAGGUAACCCAAAGUUUGUUGUAACUAAGGACAACCAAUUGCUAGAUGUCUUAAAGGAAAAGUACAGCUUGCAUAAUGAAAGUUGGCUACCAAAAAUUGUUGAUGAGGAUUUUAAACUUUCCCUCUUGAGUUAAUACAGUGAUGCCAUUGUGGGUUCAAAGUUUAUUUUAAUGAGGUUGUUUAUUUUCAGUGGUUUUAUUUUUAUUUAUUUGCAGAUCUGAAUCUCUGUUUGAUUCUUUUUGUUUAAAAAAUAGUAUUUUUAAAAUUUGAAAAUGCAUUUUCAAAAAAAUUGUAUUUUAUAGUUCUAGAAUUGUUACCUGUCAUAAGUGCACACACUUUAGUUGUUUUAUUUUUGUGCCUAAUUGUUGAUCUCCUUUAGGCUUCAACCAUUCCUACAACCUAGACUGUGUACAAAUAGUUCUAAUCACAGAACUAAUGUUUAAAUAUGUAAAGGAUAGACAAAAAAUCAUUACACCAGACAGUUUUUUCUCAUUGUUGACACCAUAAAUGAUUUUAGAAAAUAGAAACUACAACUUUGUUUAUAUUAACCUUGUUGUUACCUUUGCUUCUAUUUAUAAAUUAAACUGCUUUGUGAUGUUAAUUUAACAUGUUGUUUGGUGCUUAUGAUAUUUCUAUUUGAAAUUUGAUUCAAACUUUGGACUAAUAAAUUUUAUUUUGAUCAAAAGAAUAAGCAUUAUUUUUUAUUGAGAUAAUCUGUUUGAAUAUGACUAUUAGAAUGGACCAUAGUGUAAUGAAUGAGUUUGAGAGUAUGAGUGUAGUGGAAUGUGUUUAAUAAAGAUGUUGAGGGUUUGAGAGUAUGUGUGUAGUGUGAUUAAUAAAAGAUUCUGAAUGCGUGACAAAAGUAAAUGAUGUGACG